GGCCCAGAGAACCAGUCUGCCCGAGACAGAUCCGAACAUUAUGCCCCUUAAGCAUGAAAUGUUGUUCAAUGCAACUAAAGCAUGUAUCACUAUACAACAUUUCCCUUAGUGAAGUGCAGCAAAGAUGUGUUGAAAAAUGAAUUUGGAAGAAACCAUUUUAAACCAGUUUCUGCUUGGAUCGAGAGUGCACAAUCAACAUAACCCAUAUAUAAUGACUAGAGAUGUGAGGACACAAAGCGUCGUCUAACCAAAACGCUCCCAGGUACCAGUUAUUACCAGUGAACCUUCUUCUGAAGAAGAAUUCGCUCUUGCUUAUCCGACAGAGUGAAGAUGCUGUCAAGAUUGUUGUAUCGCAGAUAACUUUGAAACAUUCUAAAACAAUUGAAGUGAUCCAAGAUGUCGUUUCUUCUUCAAGAGGAAUUCGUGGUCAAAUUCAACAGGAAGAGUCGACCCUACACGGCUACUUUGACCACUCGAGGAGUUACUUUUAAACCGCUUGACAUUCUAAAGGGCAGGAUAAUUCAUAUUCCCAAGACAUUUUUGAUUUCUUGUCAAUCCAAUCUGGCUAGUGAAGAAGAAAAUGGGUUGUUCCAACUGAUUGCAUUUGAUCCCGAGACGUUCAAAAUUAAGACCUACAAUGUUCAUUCUUUGCCAAGCCUAACGGAACCCGAGGCAGUGUCGCUGAUAUGGAUACAAGCGUUUCAACGAUGCUUCCCUUUAUCUGAUCUACCUGACAACAAGAAUAUUCUGGCAUUAGUCAACCCCAAGGCUGGCCAGGGCAUGGCCAAGAAAAUGAGUGAGAAAAUAUGCCCGAUAUUUCAGAGUGUCGGCUUCCAAUUGAAUAUUGUUCAAACUAGGCACGCGAAUCACGGCAAAGAUAUCGUCAUCAACGCAGACUUGACCAAAUUUGGAACGAUCCUGAUCUUUUCUGGGGAUGGACUCGUUCACGAAGUUAUGAACGGAAUUUAUGAACGAGAAGAUACUAAAGAUAUAUUCCAAAGGGUGAACAUUGUUCCUUUCCCUGUUGGAUCUGGGAACGGAUUGAACCGGUCAUUGGUUCAUUUCUCCGGAUACCGGUUCGAUGGGAGGGGAAUCAAUUUUGCUUUGUUCAACGUCCUUCGAGGACGCCCAACAAGUAUUGACUCAUUUUUGGUUCAGCAGGAGAACCUUGAAGAUCGGAUAGGAUUUUUGUCGCUAACUUAUGGGAUAAUUGCUGAUAUUGACAUUGAAAGUGAGGGACUACGGUCCCUUGGAGCACUCCGUUUCACGGUUUGGGCAAUGCAUCGAAUUAGCUCGAGGAAGAACUACCAAGUGAAGAUAUCUUAUCUGAAAGCAAAGGGUCAUCAAGCCAACCAGUAUGAUUUGCCGCCUUUGGAAGAAGAUCUUCCAGAUUCAUGGGAUCACGAACAAGAUGAAUUCACUGCAGUCAAUAUCGUUAAUAUGCCUUAUAUUGGAGAGAGAGAAUGGAUUGCUCCUUCGUGUGAUCCCAAUGAUGGUCUUCUGUGGAUGUUAAUUAUUCGAAAAGAGGCCAAGAAAACAGAUCUUUGCAAGAUAUUCAUCGAAGUCGAAACCGGCAAACAUGUCAAGAUUGAGGGAGUGGAUAUGUUCCCGAUAAUUGGGUUUCGAUUGGAGCCAACCAAUGAUAAUGGAUGUCUUAGCCUGGAUGGUGAAGUUUUGGAAACAAGAGCUGUACAAGGCAUUGUCAGACCUAAAUCCUGGAAGACUUUAACUCGAUUGAAUGCAAUCAAGAAGUGAUUCUCGUCAAGCAAUUCUAAUACAUUGUUACAAUAUUUUUGUCACAGU